AAGGAAAAGAAAAGUUUCUGACUGCUUUCGUUUCUAUAAACCUUGAGCAGCGAAACACGAGCGAAGCAGAAGAAGAAAGAGAAAAAAUCCACAACAAACGACAAUGUUUAGGAACCAGUACGACACAGAUGUGACAACAUGGAGCCCAACAGGCCGUCUCUUCCAAGUAGAAUACGCCAUGGAAGCAGUGAAGCAAGGCUCCGCCGCGAUUGGACUCAGAUCUCGCUCCCAUGUUGUCCUUGCUUGCGUCAACAAAGCCCAAUCUGAGCUCUCUUCUCACCAGAAGAAGAUCUUCAAAGUCGAUGACCAUAUAGGCGUCGCAAUCGCUGGUCUCACCGCCGAUGGCCGUGUUCUCUCUCGUUACAUGAGAUCGGAGUCAAUCAAUCACUCUUUUACCUACGAGUCUCCUCUUCCCGUUGGCCGUCUCGUCGUUCAUCUCGCCGAUAAGGCCCAGGUCUGUACCCAACGGUCAUGGAAACGGCCAUAUGGCGUGGGCUUGCUAGUAGGUGGAUUGGAUGAGUCUGGAGCCCACCUUUACUACAACUGCCCAAGUGGAAACUACUUCGAGUAUCAAGCCUUUGCUAUCGGGUCUCGUUCACAAGCCGCAAAGACCUAUCUGGAACGUAGAUUUGAGAGCUUUGGGGAUUCUUCAAGAGAAGAUCUGAUAAAAGAUGCGAUUUUGGCUGUUAGGGAAACAUUGCAAGGAGAAACACUUAAGAGUUCUCUUUGCACGGUCGCUGUUCUAGGAGUUGGCGAACCGUUCCACUUCUUGGACCAGGAAGCGAUACAGAAAGUGAUUGACACGUUUGAGAAAGUUGCAGAGGAAGAGGAAGGUGAAGGCGAGGUUGGUGAGGGUGAGGCCGAAGCUGCUGCGGCUCCUGCACCAGCAGAACAGGGUGGUGGUGGUUCUGGUGACCAAGACGUGGCUCCAAUGGAGAUGUAAUGCGUUUGUGUGUAACGCUGGAAUUAUUUUAUGGAUGUUUAGUUGGAUUUUACUUUGGAUAAUUUCAUAUGAAUCAUUUGCAGAUGGCUAUGCUCGAAAACCUCGUGAGUUGAAUUUAUUUGUUCAUGUUAACGUACUAGCUACCAUUAAGACUUGUGGUUUGCCCUUUUGGUA